UUAUCACGUGAAACUUGCAGCAGUUUCUGCUCAGGAACCAACCAGGAAGUAAAGUCAUGUAAAUAACGUUAGCCUGACAGUAGAGUUGUUGACAUACUUUUUAUGAACACAUUGUCCUUUCACAUUUAUUAAUAUACAUAUAUUUCUCCAAGAAUAAACAUUAAAUAUGGCGCAUUUCUUCAAAAAGAAGACGGUUGAUGAUGUCAUAAAGGAGCAGAACAAGGAGCUCAGGGGGACGCAGAGACAGAUUACCCGAGAGCGAGCUGCGCUGGAGAAACAGGAAAAGCAGAUUGAGCUAGAAAUCAAGAAAAUGGCUAAGUCAGGGAACAAGGAAGCUUGCAAGAUUCUGGCUAAGCAGCUAGUGCAGCUGAGGAAACAGAAAACCCGCACGUAUGCCGUGAGUUCGAAGGUCACCUCCAUGUCCACGCAGACGAAGGUCAUGAACUCUCAGAUGAAGAUGGCUGGCGCCAUGGCCACCACGACCAAAACUAUGCAGGCUGUGAAUAAGAAGAUGGACCCCCAGAAGACCCUGCAGACCAUGCAGAACUUCCAGAAGGAGAACAUGAAGAUGGGCAUGACGGAGGACAUGAUCAACGACACCUUGGACGAGCUCUUCGAGGGGUCCGAUGACGAGGAAGAAUCCGAGGGCAUCGUGAACCAGGUUCUGGAUGAGAUCGGCAUCGAGAUCUCGGGAAAGAUGGUGGGCGCUCCGUCGGCUGGCAGGAGCCUUCCAAGUGCCUCCACCUCCAAAGCAGCUGGCAUCUCGGACGAGGAGAUCGAGAGGCAGCUGAAGGCUCUGGGGGUGGACUGAACCCCUCCGCUCCCUCUGCCUGGACACUGGGAAUCGUGGGGAGAUUUAAGAGCUCCUUCUACAAACCGAUGCAACCUCUCCUUUUCUUUCCCUUAGGUAUAUGCUUUGGGUAGCCGUCGGGCCGGGAGAGGGAUGUUUGUUGUACAGAACUGUAUGAAAAUAUGCAUUUUUUUCCCCCAUGGAGCCAGUCCUUUUGGCUUGUGUGUUUGUUGUUUCUGGGGAAUACCUGAGACACUGGAAGCGUGACAGAAUAAUCAGACAAUAGGAGAGGUGCUUGGUUUUUUACUAAAUGAACGCACAACCAACACUUGGGAACACUUGGCCUUUGUAAUGAUUAAAAAUGUUGGCUGUCCUGUUGCACUCCAUAAUUUGGCAGUACAGAGUUUUUUUUUGUGCAUGGUAAAUAGAAAACUAAGGAAAUGAAGCUCACACCAAGUGCAAGUGUGAUCAGUCACUGAUUUUGUCAUUUUGUUCUGGCAAUGUUGACAUUGUAACACACAGACAAGUCUUCUCUGAACACAAAGAGGUGAAGUGAAGGCGUUUGUCUUUCGAUUUAACUAACACUAGCAUGAAAUCAGCCUAGCAUCAGCCGAAUCUGACCUCCAGCCAAAAUUAAUGCAUAUAAUUUAAUUUAAUGCUAAUGGUUAUAAAAAUAACAAUAGUGCAACAGUGGUGUGAAGCUCGCAUAUUUUUGGGGAUUAAAUGGUUACAGGAUGCCAAUAUAUACUGUACAAUGAUUAUUCAUUGCAGUAUUUACAGAUCAGUCUUGAGUUUGCAUUUUAGGUGGUUUGUAAACAUAUGGAUCUUUUACAAAUAAAUACAUAUUUAUUUGCUAUAAGAA